AAGGCUGCCUGUGACUUCCUCGCUCUUCUUCGGCAGCUACAUUGUGUGGAAGGCAGCAGCACGUUGUUGGCUUCUCCACGCUGAACUUUACAGCGAAUUAACGCUCUCCUGUUCAAGGAGAUUCAGAUUCACCAUCCCUUUUUCCCCCUCAGACGUCUGUCGGUUAAUCUCGUCGAGCGAAAAGAAGAGAAAAAUGUCUGCCUCGGCGGCGAAAGUGAGUAAAAAGGAGCUGAACUCGAACCAUGACGGAGCGGACGAGACCUCCGAGAAAGAGCAGCAGGAAGCUAUUGAACACAUCGAUGAAGUUCAAAAUGAAAUUGACAGGUUGAAUGAGCAGGCCAGUGAGGAAAUCCUGAAAGUAGAACAGAAAUACAACAAACUCCGUCAGCCGUUCUUUCAGAAGAGGUCAGAGCUGAUCGCCAAAAUCCCCAACUUCUGGGUCACCACAUUUGUCAACCAUCCACAGGUAUCUGCUCUACUGGGAGAGGAGGAUGAAGAAGCGCUUCACUACCUGAGCCGAGUGGAGGUGACAGAGUUUGAAGACAUCAAGUCAGGCUACAGAAUAGAUUUUUAUUUUGAUGAAAAUCCGUACUUUGAAAACAAAGUACUUUCCAAAGAGUUCCACCUCAAUGAAAGCGGAGACCCAUCCUCUAAGUCAACAGAAAUCAAAUGGAAAUCAGGAAAGGAUCUCACCAAGCGGUCCAGUCAGACGCAGAACAAAGCUGGCAGGAAGAGGCAACAUGAAGAACCUGAGAGCUUCUUCACCUGGUUCACUGAUCACGCUGAUGCUGGUGCCGAUGAGCUUGGAGAGGUCAUCAAAGAUGAUAUCUGGCCAAAUCCCCUGCAGUACUACUUGGUUCCUGACAUGGAUGAUGAAGAGGGUGAAGGCGAGGAGGACGAAGAGGAUGAGGAGGGUCUUGAAGACAUAGAUGAGGAAGGAGAUGAAGAUGGAGAGGAUGAUGAAGAGGAUGAAGGAGAAGGAGAGGAGGAUGAGGGAGAAGACGACUAAGAACUAUCACCUGCAAGACCAUUUACCCUCUAUUCCCCAUAAAUUUUUCCACUCAUAUUUGGGAGCAAAAGGUUUUUUGGAGUAUUUUGUUUUUUUAGUUUUUUUUUACCGUUUUAUCCAUAUGUGCUUCACGUUCCAUUCUGAAGCCUCUUCACCUGCUGAUGCCAUGUUAUGUUCUCCUUUGACUCGUUCAAGGCCAGUGGCACUUUGCCUUGAAUUGUGAGUACCAUCUCCCCCCCCAAGACAUCUUAAAACAAUAAUAAAAGAAAAAAAA